AUGUCAUCCAACAUUGAUAUUGACAACGCCUCCGCUGCUGGUCAGCGUGACAACACUCCUUCCGAGGGACUCACUUUCGGUAUUGAACUCGAGUUCGUCGCCCUGAUCCCCAAGAAGACUGCCGAAAAGCAUGAAAAUGUGCCAAACUACGUGCGAAACCUUCUUUCCAAAGCACGAGUGGCUCGUCCUUGCGAUAAUCCUAAAUGCAAGAAGAAAGAGCACAAAUUCUUCUUACCCGUCCAGGGAAAUAUCCAAGGAAUAUGUUCGUACGACCUCUGGAACGUGGAUGUCGACGGUUCCGUGCAUCUGGAGAAUGCGGAGGAUGACUACGACCAUAGUAUCUCGACCAGCGGUAGUAUGGAGCUGAUCUCUCGCGUACAGAAGUUUGAAGGAUCAUCACUGUGUCCCAAAGGCCAGACCUAUCCUUGUGAUAACACAAGAGUUCUCGAGUGGACUUGGCGCGAAGAAAUCAAGGCCUUCACUGACGUUCUUGGAAGAGCAUUCAACAAGGACGGAUACCGUGCCCUCGUGAAUGGGCGGACAGGCUUUCACGUCCACAUCGGUCAAGGUCCUAAAGGUCUCCCACUACCUGUUGUCCGUGGUCUUACGGGGACCAUGCUUGCUCUCGAACGUUGCUUUGACAGCGUUCUUCCCACUAACCGCAUCAGCGGCGAUGACAACCAGUCCUCCGAUCCUCUUCCUGGCCUCGAAAUCGAUGGCUUCCAUGCUCUUUACAAACCUGGAGAGGUCAUAGCACAUCACGACUUUAACAUCGGCUACUGCAGGGCACUCUCUUGCGCAAUGUUCGAUCACAUUCGCUGGGAAAUUGAGAACACUGCCAAAGGCUUUAGAACCAGCUCAGCAACACCAGUUGACGCUUCUUACUCUGUCACCACCGACGAAGUCACGUCGAUUGAAGGCUAUCUGUCGAGUUUCAACGUUCCCGCCUGGCUGGAGUACAUCAAGAGUAAGCCGACAGUCGAUGAGGUCAAGAACCUGACUGGAACUCACGCGAAGAAUGUUGCCUUGAAUUGUAGAGGCCUAGGCGGAUUUGCCACAGACAACACACCAACAGCUGAGUGCCGUCUUGGAGCAGGAACUCUUGAUUACACAGAGAUCAGUGCCUGGGUCGACUUUUUGGGCAACCUCACUCUUUGGACAGAACAGACUGACAAGGACGAGCUGUUUGACUACCUUGUACAAUCAUGGAGAGAUCCAGCCUAUACUAUCUGUGAUCUAGCACACAAGGUCAACGCCAGUGGGUCGACAAUCGAUCAUUUUUCCUACAUGUUGAGCACGCAUCCUUGGGUACGAAACCUUUAUGCUCAAGACCGCUUCGACAAGCACACAAGCCUCGUCCACAAUCCUGCAGACAAGUUGAACGCUGUCACCGUCAUCGUCGAACGGAACCGUCUUGCGGUCUCUGGUCGCCUCGCUGUGGACGAAAAGAUUCGCUGGAAGCUUGAGUCUGGUAGAUACGGACAAAUGCCCACCAGCUUCCUUGAGGCCCAGCCCAACAACAGGGAUCUCAUGAGACCCGAAGCUAAGUUCUUGCAUCUCAACGAGGACACUGAGAAUGGCUGGGUUAAGUUCAUGCAGGAUUACUAUGAGAAAGAGUGCGGGCUCAAAGUGACUCUUCGCGAGAACAGCCCUCCGUCCAACUCUAAGCCCGAAGAGACAGAGAAGCCCGAGUGGGACAAGUGGGCACCCGAGCCUGAAGAUGAUGAGAAGCCUGAGGUUGAAGCCAAGCCAGAGGGUGAAGAGAAGCCCAAAGACGAUGCCGAGGUCAGUGAAGACGACGCUUCCGUGCAUGGAGGUGCCACUGAAGAGUCCCGCGGAUCACCAAUUGAAUGGGCCUCGAGCAACGGCGACAAGGACGAUGAAGCCGAGUCCAAGACGCCCAGUGGUCCUCCUCCCAAGGCUCCUGAAGCUCCUGAGUAUGAGCCUCAAACGCCUGAGAACUCCCCUCCCAAGGCUCCUACCGCUCCCGAAGCCGAGUCUCCUGAAGCUCCCGAAACUGAAAAUGUCGAGUCUGAAGCUGCCGAGUCUGAGGCUUCCAAGCCUGACUCUUUUGAUUUCCCUGAGUCCAAGUCCCCUGAAGUUCCCGAAUCCAGGUCUCCUGUAGCUCCCGAGUUUGAGGCUGAUUCUGAUUCUACCGAGUCUGAGGCUUCCAAGCCUGAACCUUCUGAGGCUGCUGGCUCUCCCAUCAAGGAACAGUCUUCCGAGGCCGAGGAAGCUCCCGAAUUCGUCGAGUACGAGGACGAUCAAAAUGACAAGUUCGAGUCCGCUGCCACCUCUCCUAUCAAGGAGGAGUCUUCCGAAGCCCAAGAAGCUCAGGACGAAUCCGUCGAGACCGAGUCCGAAUACGAUUCCGAGGGUUUCUACGGCAUCCACCCAGCCCUCGCCACCGCCUACAAUGAGAUUCCUGGUCAACAUCUCUCCCAUCUCGAAUCCACCGUUCUCAACAUGCCCGACCUACCUCUUCCCCCAUCGCCCUGCAUGGCAGCUUUCCACGAGCUCCAACAUGACACUUGCGAAAGAUUGCACAACAACUUCUUCCACAAGGUCACGCCCGAGACUAUCGCCGCUGCUGACUCUAAGGAUAAUGCUGAAAGACUUCUCGCUGAAUACGUGGAGGCGGAGAAGCAGAUGCAUGUGUUGAGAACUUGUUUGAUGGAGAAGGGGGCCGCUAUCAGACGCUCGGCCAAGAAGGAGUAG